CAGAGGAGCCUCGGCUCGUUCACUCCCUCGCGUGUCAACUCCUGCCCAUACGCGAAGUUUUUAAUGGGAGGACCAUUGUGGGCGCAGGAGUCAGUCUCCAUCGUUCCCUGACACAGCUUCCCUUCCUCCCUGACCAAGUCAUUCAUUUCUACCGUUCUUCCUGGUCUUUUAGGUGAGAGAACCCUCUUGCGCCGCAAGCCCAAACCAAAUCUACACCCAGGCGAAAAGACACCCUGCCGCCCACCAUGGCUUCCGUCUCGACGCUCUCGUUGUUUUUUCCCGUCUUUGUUCCGUCCAUCGCCGCGGCGACAGCCUAUCUAGGCCACCGGGCGCUCCGCGUCGACUGGCGCACACGGACGCGCGCCUUCCUGACUGGCCCCGGGCGGACGAGCCGCAUCCUCCUGGCCCUCUUCAUCCUGACCAACUGGAAAAGCAUGCCCCUGGCAUGGACGACGCGCAUCUUCCACGCCUUCCUCUACCACUUCAUCCGCCCACGCGGCCCCCUGCCCCCCCGCGCCCUCUUCCACUACUCCAUCACGACAAGCCGCACCUCCCCUCUGGAGACGGACUACAACUUCCACAAGUCCAACUCGACCUACUUCACCGACCUAGACGUCAGCCGCUCCCACCUAGUGACCCACCUCCUGGGCCCCGGCAUGCCCCGCCUCUCCGCCAACGCCCGCACCCGCCUCGUCCCCGACCCGGCCUCCCCGACCGGCGAGCCCGUCAGGGGCGGCUUCGGCAUCGGCCUCGGCGCCGUCUUCUGCUCCUUCCGCCGCGAGAUCGCCGCCGCCCAGCCCUACGACAUGUGGAGCCGCGUCCUCGCCUGGGACCGCAAGUGGCUGUACAUCGUCACCCACUUCGUCGUCAGGGGGAAGGCGAGGCCCACGUCCUGGGACGGGAGGUCGGGCGGGCGCGUCAGGCCGGCCAAGGCUGGCGGUUCCGGUUUUGGUUCUUCGGGCGCGCCGGAGGAACAGGAGGGGGAGGACUUCUCAAAGUACGUCAUCGCCACGGCGGUGAGCAAGUACGUCUUCAAGCUGGGCCGCCUCACCGUCCACCCCGCCAUCCUGCUGCACGAGAACGGCCUGCUCCCCGAGCGGCCUGGCGCAGGUUGGAGGGGCGGCGACGCUGGCGUGGGUACGGCCGACGACUUGGGCGACGUGAGGGUCGACGGCGACGGCGAGUGGGACUGGAGGAGGAUCGAGUUCGAGCGGAGGAGGGGCAUGGAGCUCGCGGCGCAUUUCGCGGCUUUGGACGGCACCAAUAAUCUGUUUGACGGCGGUGAAGACGGAGCUCUGGGCCAUUUCCCUCUGGGUUAGAGGCGGUGGGACACUGACACUGCCAAGUCUUUUCGAAGCGCGCUAGAAUUGUUGGUAUUUAGAUAGACAUAUAGACACUGCCAGCGGUUCACUCGAUUAGGUCCGGAUCUUGAGAUACCUCGUAGGCGAGAGCAUCUUAGGUGACUACCUGGCGUAGUAACGAAUGGUGACGUUCGCAGUCACGAAACGCACCAGACGCAAAGAAAGGGGAUCUCAGGGGUAGACAGUGAUGAAGGCAAGAUAGCCGAUUUUGAUCGAUUUUCAAUUUGAGUACCUAUAUGAGGCUAUCUCCAUAACAAGGAAGCAUGUCUGUCUAACCUGGGUGUCCGUGGACAAACGAGCAGGAAACAUAUGGAUCCAGGAGAUCAUCGGCCAGCAUAUUUCUAGAUGAUCCGGAAAAUGAACAACCCCU